AAACAUCAAUGAAUGUGCAACGACUCAAAAGACCAUUUUCAAGUGAUGAUCAUCAAUGGCGGCACUAAGAAGCUAAACCCAAAACCCUAACAUUGAUCUUACGUCGUCAGGGAAAUGGCAUCAUCGCUCCCUCUCAGGCCUUUCUUGUCCUCCAUCUACUCUGUUCCUAACCACAAGAACGGUCCUUUGCUAGAGAAUUUCCCAAGAAGUUCAGAGGUUAACAAGGAAUUAUAUUUAGAGAGAAGGCAGCUGUUGUCCGGAAAGCAAUUCAGAUUGAAUUGUUUAGGGCACAGAGACAUGGAUGUGAGUGCUUCAGUUUUGGUUGAUUCUGUAACAGAAUGCUCAGCUGAACUGAAUGUUGAGGACCAGGAGCCUAGUAUUUCGACAUUGUUGAUGAAUAUUGAGAGUAACUUUGAUCCCUAUGGUGCAAUGAGUACACCCCUUUAUCAAACUGCUACAUUUAAGCAGCCUUCAGCAAUUGAUAAUGGGCCCUAUGAUUAUACUAGAAGUGGAAAUCCUACACGGGAUGUUUUGGAAAGGCUCUUAGCAAAGCUCGAAAAGGCAGAUCGAGCAUUUUGCUUUACUAGUGGAAUGGCUGCUUUAUCUGCUGUUGCUCAGCUUGUUGGAACUGGUGAAGAAAUUGUUGCCGGAGAUGACAUCUAUGGUGGUUCUGAUCGUUUAUUAUCUCAAGUAACUCCAAAAUAUGGAGUUGUGGUGAAACGAGUAAACACCAGUGAUCUAGAUGAAGUUCGGGCAGUUAUUGGCCCCAAGACAAAGCUUGUGUGGCUGGAGAGUCCUACCAACCCUCGACAACAAAUUGCUGAUAUUCGUAGAAUUGCAGAAAUGGCUCAUGCUUAUGGGGCUCUCAUGUUGGUAGACAACAGUAUUAUGUCCCCAGUAUUGUCACAACCAUUAAAACUUGGAGCAGACAUUGUGAUGCACUCCGCUACUAAAUUUAUAGCUGGACAUAGCGACGUCAUGGCAGGCGUGCUCGCUGUUAAGGGAGAGAGCUUGGCAGAGCAGUUGUAUUUCCUACAAAAUGCAGUAGGCUCUGGGUUAGCUCCUUUUGAUUGUUGGAUCUGUUUAAGAGGUAUCAAGACCAUGGCCUUGCGUAUUGAAAAACAACAGGAAAAUGCACAAAAGAUUGCUGAGUUCCUUUCUUCCCAUCCACUAGUGAAGAAAGUUAACUAUGCUGGUCUUCCUGAUCACCCUGGACGUGAUUUACAUUAUUCUCAGGCAAAGGGUGCAGGAUCUGUUCUUAGUUUUUUGACAGGUUCUCUGGCACUCUCAAAGCAUGUUGUUGAGACUACUAAAUACUUCAGCAUAACAGUUAGCUUCGGGAGUGUGAAAUCCCUGAUAAGCAUGCCAUGCUUCAUGUCCCAUGCGAGCAUACCGAGUGCAGUGCGUGAGGCAAGAGGUCUAACUGAAGAUCUUGUUCGGAUAUCCGUUGGGAUUGAGGAUGUAAACGACCUCAUUGCUGAUCUGGACAAUGCCCUCAGAACUGGCCCUCUUUAGGUACUGGAUUAUUAAGCCAUCAAUGUUAGUAUUUGCAUGUUAUGUUGUGACUUGUAUUUAUUUAGGUUUCCAGUAAGUUAUUUGUGGUGUAUGGUAUGGAGUUGGGCAACGCAUGUUCUGUUAGUUUUUAGCGUGGGGUUUCCCUGACCCUUUCAGCUCCAGCAGAAAGUGAGAUUUGAAAUUUAGGCCAUUAAGAUCAGGUUUUGUUAGCGAUCAAUGUGCCCAAUAAGCAUUACUUUUACUUAUUAUUAAUUGGGAAGGAGCCUACCUAAUCAUUUUCACU